AUGGAAGUACAUAACGCCAUCGUGCAGAGAAUCUCUACAUGUGUGAAACAAUUUUAUAAUGACAAAACCCCAUUUGGCAUAUAUCAUGGCUCAACGAACUCGACCCGCGCUUCAACGAAACUUCGUUCGAACACUGUCGACACAGGAAGCCUUAACCGAGUACUCAUGAUUGACCAAGAGAAAAAGGUUGCUUUAGUAGAGCCAAAUGUUCCUAUGGAUAUGCUUGUCCAGGCAACACUUCCAUGGCGACUGAUUCCACCUGUCGUUAUGGAAUUUCCCGGCAUAACGGCCGGUGGCGGAUUCGCCGGAACAGGUGGAGAAAGCAGUUCCUACCGACACAGCUUUUUUGAUAGAACUGUCAACUGGAUCGAGAUUGUGGUUGGAAACGGCGAUAUUAUCACUGCCUCUGCAACGGAGAACUCUGAUCUCUUUUUCGGGGCUGCAUGUUCAUUCGGGACCCUUGGUAUAACCACUCUCCUUGAGAUACAGCUGCUAGAGCUCCCUAUAGAGCCAGCAGUAGAAUUGACGUAUUUUCCAAUUUCAAUGGGCGUCGAUGAGGCUGUGCGAAAAAUUGAGCAUCUGACGCCGGACCCAACAUACCAGUACUUAGACGGCAUCAUGUUCACCAAGGAAAGGGGGGUUAUUUGUGCCGGGUCAAUUACAAGCGCUACAGACCACUGCUCUCGACGAAUGCAAACAUUUACUCGCCCUUCCGACCCUUGGUUUUACAUGCACGCUGAAGAGAGGGCCUCCACUUCCGCUGCCGAAGAGGCUGGCCCCGCAAAAGACCUUAUUCCGAUUGCUGACUAUCUGUUUCGAUAUGACAGAGGCGGGUUCUGGGUUGGUAAAUAUGCGUUUGAGUACUUUCUAUUUCCUCAAACCAAGUUCAUGCGGUGGGCUUUGGAUCACAUCUCUCACACAAGGGUGAUGUAUCAUGCAGUUCACAAGAGCGGUCUAUUCAGGGAAUAUACCAUUCAGGAUGUCGCAGUCCCUUAUAAAGGUGCAAAAGAGCUUGUUGACUUUGUUGAUGAUUCAUUUGGGAAAUAUCCGCUUUGGAUUUGUCCGGUGCGUUCAACGACAGCUGCUGUCUCGGGGUUAGUAGCAGAACCACGACGACAGCCAGCUUCCGAUUCGGAUGAUCCCGGAAUGAUGCUCAGUGUUGGAGUCUAUGGACCAGGGCCAAAGGGUAGGGAGUUUCUGCAUUUUAACCGUGGGCUCGAGAAACUAGUCAACAAGCUUGGGGGUCAGAAGUGGCUGUAUGCACGGACCUAUUACUCUGAGGAAGAUUUCUGGUCGAUUUAUGACCGUUCCACAAGAGAUGAGCUACGACAGAAAUAUCAUGCAACAUACCUACCAAACCUAUACCAAAAGGUUCGGGCCGACCGCGACAGGUCAUUUGGUAGCUCCAUGCACCGGUCAUGGAUAUCAAGACUGCAGGACCGAAUCUGGCGGCAGUGGCCAGUUUGCGGACUUUACGGGCUCAUGCAUACUUUCUGGAACAAGGAGUAUUUGCUAAAUAGGAGCAAAAAUGAGCUGAUCUAA